CGCGUCUGUCCAUCAACACGUCUGUGUCUGUGUCUGUGUCUGUCGGUGUCUCUUCCAACAUGACUCAGCCGAGAGCCGCUCGUCGCUGACUCAGACACAUAGACAGAGACACACAGACAGCGAAUGGGUAGCAGGUUGUGUGUGUGGUCACCGUGUCCACGAACUCACCCUUUGCAGGUCUGCCAGUUGUGUCUGCAGCCGUGUGAUGUCGUCGUCGAUAGCCGAGAGACUCGACGCGCCGCCCAAACGAGACAGAGCACCACCACUGCACACAAAUGUAUGGAGAUAGACAUACACACACAGCCGUCCCUCCUCCCCUCUCAGCUGUCCUUGUGACUUACCCGACGCACGGCGCCCGGGCCAGACGGGCUGCUGCUGUCGGGGAGGCAUGCAGGCGUCUGUCUCUCUCGUCGAAGAGCCUCUUGAGGUUCCGGCCGACGACCAAAAUCAUCGCGUCCAGGACUCUUUCCUCGUCUCUCAUCAGAUCGCUGGUGCUCUCGCUGGUCGCUGGCGUGCUGCCUCUGAUGAGAGACACAGACAGACAGACAGACAGACAGACAGACAUGGGGGGGUGUCCCUCCCUCCUCUGUGUGUGUGUGUGUGUGCUGCCGACGGAUGCAACAUCUCCUCUGAACACACACACGAAGACACGCACACAUAUGCAUCGGCACGAGUGUGUGUCUCCUUUGCGUGUCUCUCUGCCUGUCUGACCUUCCUGCUGCAGUUUGAUGAGGUCUCGUUCGUAUUCGCAGUCUCGCUUCUUGAGGGCUGCCAGCCGCUCCUCUGCUGAGGGACCCUCGGGCUCUGAUGCAUGAGUGGAUCGGGGAGGGAGGUUGUGUCUCUCAUCUGUCUGUCUGUCUGUCUGUGUAUGGCUGGCUGUGUGUGAGUGGACGGACCGACGACGAUGACAGCGGGCGGGGCUCUCUUGUCUGCUUCGAGUGUGGAUUUGACGUCAGGCAGGGGCGUCUUCAGUGCUCGCUCCUCGGGCAGCGUCGCGCCCUGGGCCUUCAAACCCGCUAUCUCCUGAUCGAGCCGCACACUUUCCUUGUGCAGGUCGUCGAUGAGCGAGUCGAGAGACGUCAGUGGACCAGCCUCCUCUGACACACACACACAGGGACACACACACAGAUGCAGCCACAGAUGCACGGGAGACAGCUAGGGGUGUGUUGUUUCUGUUUGUGUGUGACUGACCUUCAGGUGCGACUUCCUCUUCGGGUGCAAUGCCCACUGGCGGUGCAGCGGCUCCACCGCCACCAAACACAGACGACAGGCCGAGGCCAGGAAGUCGUGUCGCUGUUCGUAUUCGCCAACGUGCUGCAGCUACUUCCCAACAUGAGCAAAGCGGCAAACCGACACACGGUGCACAUGUCUUUGUUCAUCCAUUCGCACGUGUGCAGGUUUCCCCCCUGCACAUCGUCCAUAAGAUACCGCACGACUAUCCCACUUAAAAUUAGCAAGCUUGGGUGUCCAGGCACAUUCGGAUCGAGCUCAAGAUGAACGACGAGUUGUGGUGCUGGAGUCGCGUCAAAACGCACGACCU